GCCGAGAAGCAACUGUUGCAGACAAACGUGUUUUGUCAGAACUAUGGAGGAACAGAAGGUUGAUGGCAUCGCCUAAUGGAACGCACGAAGAGAAGAACUGUACAGAGCCAGCCAUUAAUGAAUUUCCUGAAGAUGUAUUUACAAAUAAAGAACGACAAGAAGGAGCAGUUCUGCUUCAUAUCAUUGCUGCUCUUUACAUGUUCUAUGCUUUGGCUAUAGUAUGUGACGACUUCUUUGUUCCAUCCUUAGAGAAAAUUUGUGAGAAACUACAUUUGAGUGAAGAUGUUGCUGGAGCCACAUUCAUGGCAGCAGGGAGCUCCACUCCAGAACUGUUCGCAUCCGUUAUAGGUGUAUUUAUCACUCAUGGAGAUGUAGGAGUAGGGACCAUUGUUGGUUAAGCAGCUUUCAACAUCCUCUGCAUUAUUGGUGUCUGUGGAAUAUUUGCAGGACAGGUGGUUUGUCUCACCCAGUGGGCUGUAUACCGGGAUUCCGUGUACUACACAAUAUCUGUGAUUGUUCUUAUUGUUUUCAUAUAUGAUGAGAAAAUAGAAUGGUGGGAAAGCCUUGUACUCAUCGUUAUGUAUUCAUUCUACAUACUGAUAAUGAAGUACAAUGUGAGGAUGCAAACUUUCUUCACUCUUAAAAGCAAGAAUGUUGGAAAUGGUGACACAGUCAACAAUGAGCUGGAAGAUGGUAAUAAAUAUUAUGCCUCUAGUUGUGAUGACCCAUCCAUUCCAUUACUAUGCAAAGUGAAAGGGGUGAAGCAGCGUGGCAGAAGCAGUGUUGUGAUGGUGGAUGAGGUCAUCUGCGCCAAUCCCCCCAAAUACCGGUUCCCUGAAGCUGGAUUACGUGUUAUGGUUACAAAUAAGUUUGGCCCACGCACCAGAAUGAGGAUGGCAAGCCGACUCAUCAUUAACGAGCAUCAGCGGUUAAUCCAAUCUCAAGCAAAAUGCUCAGGCAAACCACUUGAGAAUGGGAGACAUGAAAAUAUUGAAAAUGGCAACAUCCCUGUGGAGAACCAAGGAGAAGAGAGUGAACAGGACAGUCUAUCUCCCUUUUCAUUGCCAGAUGGAAAAAUGAACAAAAUUAAAUGGAUUUUGACAUGGCCAUUGAUAUUCAUGCUCUUUUGCACCAUUCCAAACUGCAGCAAACCACGCUGGGAGAGUUUUUUUAUGGUGACAUUUGUCUUAUCCACUCUGUGGAUUGCCUUGUUCUCUUACUUCAUGGUGUGGAUGGUGACUGUGAUUGGAUACACCCUUGGGAUACCAGAUGUGAUCAUGGGCAUUACUUUCCUAGCUGCUGGAACAAGUGUCCCAGACUGCAUGGCCAGCUUAAUAGUAGCAAGACAAGGCCUCGGUGACAUGGCAGUGUCCAACACAAUAGGGAGCAACGUCUUUGACAUUCUCGUGGGCCUUGGUGUUCCAUGGGGUUUGCAGACCAUGGCCAUUGAUUAUGGAUCAACUGUUAAGAUAAACAGCAAAGGACUGGUCUACUCAGUUGCACUUUUGCUAGGAUCAGUGGCACUUACUGUGUUUGGAAUCCAAGUAAAUAAGUGGAAACUUAACAGGAAGUUAGGCAUCUACGUGUUGUUUCUUUAUGCUGUUUUCCUGUGUUUCUCUAUAUUGAUAGAGUAUAAUGUCUUCACCUUUGUCAACUUCCCUAUGUGCCGAGAAGAACAUUAAACCAAAACACAGAAAGAGACUGAGAUUCUUCUGGUUACAUGUGCUGUAAAUGACACGAGGCACUUCACUUUUCUACCUUCUUUUCAUCAGUAAUUUGAGUGUCGUUCCUGCCUCGUCAGCUAACAAGCACUUUUACCUGUGUGGAAGGAUGAUGUACCUUUCUUUUAACAUGCUAGCUGGAGGCAACCAAAGCAUUUUCCUCCUCUUCGGAUAUUGCUGCU